UAUGUACAAUACGCCCCCAACCACAAGCAUCUGCUUCUCGGGAAAAAAAUGGCGAGCUCUCUCCGUCGUCUAGGAAGCCAUUCAAGUAAUGCUCAUGGAUUUGUAUUUCCACAAUUGAUCAGUCGCUUCUCUACAGAUGCUUUGUCAGUUGAGUACAAAGCAGGAGAGAUCGGCACUGUUUCCGGUAUACCGGAUGAACAUCUCCGAAGGAGGGUCCUUAUUUAUUCACCUGCUCGAACAGCUUCACAGCAAGGAUCAGGAAAAGUCGGAAGGUGGAAAAUCAAUUUUUUGUCCACACAGAAAUGGGAAAAUCCAUUGAUGGGUUGGACAUCCACAGGGGAUCCAUAUGCCAAUGUUGGGGACUCUGCACUCAGUUUUGAGAGUGAAGCAGAUGCAAGAGGAUUUGCAGAAAGGCAUGGCUGGGACUAUACAGUCAAGAAGCACCAAACACCUCUGUUGAAGGUGAAGGCAUAUUCAGAUAACUUCAAAUGGAAGGGGCUUCCCAAAACAGCAGAGAAUUAAUGUGGUUUUGUUUUUAUAAGUCAAAGUCUGAGCUUGGAUUGCAAUUCUGAAGAACCUCCUUUGAUUUCAAUAAAUCAGACUGUUGGUACACUACUUUACCCUUUGUUUCUAUGCACCUUGUACCAUUAAUCAUUUAUUUCACCUCUUUUGUAACAUCAGAUGUCAUCUUUGGCAUUUACAUAGCAAUUUCAUUCAUGCUUGGUCUUGUGGUGAUUAAUUUCACAGAUGCAAUUAUAAUGUCGUUUUAUGCU